AAAAUUGCUUUCUCCAAAAUUUUAUACAGUGCCACCCAAUCCUCAAGAUCAAGCCAUUUAUUAGUUGAAACCUUUUUCUCUUUAAUUUUGAUAGUCUUCUCUUGAACAGUAACAACAGCCGUAACUAAACAAUCAUUCGAAGCCUACGAACACAGCUUCUGUUUUACUUGUGCAGAUGCAAGAUCGUCUAUUGACAGCUGUUAGCAGCUGUUAAAUGAGAUACCUUAAUUACUUCCAAAUAUUGACCAUCACGAAACAUUUUUAAAAUAUAUUAAGUUCUAUCGAUGAUCUUUUUAAUAUCGCCGCUUGUCACCUUGGCUCCGGUAUUAUGUCAACGUAAUGCAGCGACUCACACAUGUCAGAUAUAUACCAUACUAACUUUAAAGAAAGAAUAAAAGCAAUAAUGUCAGAGAAAAAGCCAAAUAUUUUAGAAAGAUUUAUCAUUUUUAGCGAAACAGACACCAAGACGUUGAAGAUAUUCAGUUAUGGAAUUGCUAGUAUAAGCUUAAUGAUUGCACUCUAUCGAAUUAGACCUUUUGCUAAAUUUAGAAAACCAUCUAGCAUACCAUCUCGCUUUUUACAAAGAAAAGUUCAACUUCAAGGUACUGUGAUACGUAUAGAACCUAAUUAUGGUACACUUUUAAUGGUUGAUCACAAACCAUUAAUACCUUUACCUCGACUAAGUAGUCCAACAUAUUUACCAAUUAAAGUAGCUGGUCUUGAUGUAACAGCUAAUGGUAUUAGUUGGUUGCAAACAAUUGUUAGUGGAAAAGAAAUAACUUUCAUACCUUUAGCCACAGAAAAAGACUAUGUAACUUGUAUAGUAUCUAUAGACCGAAAUAAGGAACAAAUAAAAGUUGGUGAAGAAUUAGCAAAACUUGGUUUUGCUAUAGUAGCAAAAGAUUCUCCAAAAACAUUAAUACAAGAUAAAGACAUCGUAAGCUAUCAUAAGUGUUUAUUGAAAGCACAAAAAUGGGCACAAAAUAAAAGAAAUGGACACUGGCAUUUUGUUAAAAAUCCUACAAUUUUAUGGCGAAUCCAACAGAAUUUAAAUAAUAAAUUGAAAUCAAUACUGCCUACAUUUAUAACACAACAACUUAAUAUUUAACUACAGGUUUUUAAUUCUUCUAAUUCUAUAAAUCUUAAUUUAAAAAAAGCUUAUAUACGUUUUUGUAAUAGAUUAAAAAUAUUUAUAGCAAUAGUAAACAUAUAAUAGUUUUAAAUAUGUACUUAAAUAUGUACUUCCAAAUUUUAAGCUUGUUCCUGGAGAAGCAAUAACCGAAAUCCUAGAAGUAAAAGACAAUAUUUAAAAAAGCAAA